AUGGAGGCCAUGCAUCAGACUAUGUACCCUGGGGAAUUGAGCCCAGGGUCGCACUGGAGCCGCAGUCGAUUGAGCGACCCUGAUGUGUCCUUAUCGCCAACCACCAGGAACACCAUGCGCUCCACAGGGGGCUUUUCGCUCGCCAGCAAUCGCACCAUGGGUCGAAUCCAAAGUGCUCCCUUGCUCCAUGCAACGUCCUCCCCAUCCUUGGCCAACUGGUACACCAAGGAUUGUCCUGGUUCGGGCGUCCGAGCCUGGAAGCCUCUGGCCUCAGCCUAUCGUGAUGUGGAUGAAGUCCGAAACGCGGCAGUUAAAGACUCCCUCGACAAGCGUGAUUUCAUCGAUGGAACGGUGCCCAACUGGAGCAAAGACAGUGUGAUGCGGAUGAAGGGAAUGCUUGAGCAUUUGAUCUCCUGGACCUACUACCACAUUCAGCGAGAUGAAGAUCAUCCGCAGCGCAAAGAGGUUGGGGAAUUCCUGGAUCCCAAGAACCUUCCGGUGGCCUUGCGUUCGGGGGCGGCACGCUUCCGCUUCUGGCGCGACUUGAGGCCGCCCUUCCAGGUGGUCCAGGUCACUCGUUCAAGUGACGCCCUGGGGAAGUGGAGAGACGUGGAUCAGCAAGACACCAAGCUGCAUCCGGAUGGAGAGCUCUUCUACGUCACGUAUGUGUGCCCCUUGGCUCAUCAUGUUGAACGAGCUUGGAACCUGAAGUCUGAUGCCGGUACCUUUGACAACAAGGUGCACGGAAUUGCCAGCGUACGAAUACCCUUGGACUAUCCGGAGAAAAGCCGUUGCAUCAUCACCAGUUGGGGAAGUCCGGUCGUGAAUUGGAAUCCCAAUGAUGACAAGGAUCCGGUGGUCGAACACCCAAGUGCGGUGGACCCCAUGCACUGGAUGCCCAUCGCUGACGAGCUCCAGGAGAGGCCCACCAUCAAGCGCUUUGCGGCUUGCCGCCAGGAGACCAGGAUCGCUUCGCGCCGCGCUGAUGAGAAGCGGAAGCGGGGCAUUGAGGUACCUGAGAUGACACGGGUCCUGCUCAGCUCGAAUCCUUCCUUGCCCAGGCUAGCCGCAGCCGAACAGAGGCUUGUGGAUGCCGCGAACAAACCAGGCAGCAGCAGCCCUACCAAGCGCCAGCUACGAAAGCAUUGUGUCUUUACCUCGUCCUCUGGCUUCGUCCACUACGCUGGAUGA